AUGAGUAACGGCGAGCUUCUCCGCAUCGAACCCCUAGAACUUCAAUUUCCAUUUGAAUUGAAGAAGCAGAUUUCAUGUUCCAUGCAACUAACCAACAGAACCGAUAGUUCUGUCGCCUUCAAGGUGAAGACCACGAAUCCGAAGAAGUAUUGUGUGCGGCCGAAUACUGGAGUGGUGUUGCCUCGCUCUACUUGUGAUGUCAUUGUCACAAUGCAAGCACAAAAGGAGGCUCCAGAAGACAUGCAAUGCAGGGAUAAGUUCCUCCUUCAGGCUGCAGUUGUUAGCCCAGGAAAGAUAACGAAGGACAUUACUCCUGCAAUGUUCAACAAAGAAUCCGGGAAUCGUGUUGAAGAAAGCAAGUUGAGAGUUGCCUAUGUUCCACCCCCACGGCCACCUUCACCAGUGCGAGAAGGAUCAGAGGAAGGCUCGUCGCCCAGGGCUUCAGUAUCGGACAACGGGACCAUAAAUCAAACUUCUGAACAUAACACUUUCUCUAGAGCAUAUGUUGAGCCUAAGGAGAACACAGCAGAGGUUAUGGCUCUCAUUUCUAAUCUGACCGAUGAUAAAGUUUCUGUUAUUCAGCAAAAUAACAAACUUCAACAAGAACUGGAGAUCUUGAGGCGGGGAAGUAGCAGAAACCGAGGUGAUAUCCCAUUUUUCAAGAAAAUAGCCACAACUUAUUGGAAAGCUACCUUCAUUCACCUUAAUCAGGAACUUAUGGAGCCCAGCAGGCACUGGACCACCCCACCCCAAAGGUGCGAGGCUAGCUCAUUAGAUGAUCCUUGA